CUGAUAGACACAACAGAGUGAAACUCAUCAUAUAUAUCCAACAAUGAAGGAUACCACCAAGAACUCAACUUAUGGUCCCGAGGAAAUACUUAUGCAUGCAGUCAAGAAGCGAAGAUCAGCUAGUGGAGAUCUCAAUAAUGCUGUGAAACUCCAGAACCAGGAGGAAGAAGAUCACUUACGUUUAGAAGAAGAAACGCCUCAUGAUAAUAAUGAUGAUGAUGAUGAUGAUGAUGAUGAGGAGGAGGAGGAGGAGGAGGAAGGUAAAAAAUAUUGUAGACGUGGGUUUGGUCAUGGAUACCAUCUAGUGAAAGGCCAAAUGGGUCAUGGCAUGGAAGACUACAUUGUGGCUGAUACAAAAACGGUUAAAGGCCACAAUCUUGGGUUAUACGCUAUAUUCGACGGACACUCAGGCCGUGAUGUUGCGGAUUACUUGAAGAACCACCUCUUUGAUAACAUCUUGAGUCAGCCGGAUUUUUGGAAAAACCCUCAGGAAGCAACGAAGAGAGCUUAUAAAACUACGGACGACUACAUUCUCCAUAACGUAGUAGGUCCACGAGGUGGUUCUACGGCUGUUACGGCUAUAGUCAUUGACGGGAAGAAACUUGUGGUUGCAAACGUUGGAGAUUCAAGAGCAGUCUUGUGUCGUAAAAGUGAUGUAGCCAAACAGAUUACAGUUGAUCAUGAGCCUGAGAAGGAGAGAGACCUUGUUGAGAGCAAAGGCGGUUUUGUCUCCAAAAACCCAGAUAAUGAUGCAAGGGUCGAUGGACAAUUAGCGAUGACACGUGCGUUUGGAGACGGAAGGCUUAAAGAGCAUAUUAGUGCGAGACCGGACAUAGAGAUUGUCGAGAUCCUUAGUGACACAAAGUUCUUGAUCUUGGCAAGCGAUGGACUCUGGAAGGUGAUGUCAAACGAAGAGGCUUGGCAUCAAAUCAAAGAGAUUGGGAAUGCAGAGGAAGCUGCGAGGUCACUAAUCGAUGAAGCGUUGGCUAGAGGAAGUAAAGAUGAUAUCUCUUGUGUUGUUGUUUCCUUCAACUAAUCAAAAA